AUGAAUUCUCGACUACCCUUAUCAGAGCUGCCAAAAUCAUCAGGGGUGACGCGCCGAUCCGGACGCUGUCUCAGUUCUCGACAAUGGGAUUUAGGCGAUCAACGAGGACCGGACACAAACAAAGUCAUAGUGAUCCCAGACAGCCAAGAAGAGAUCAAUUACACACAGCACCGAAAGCAUUCUUCCGACGUUUACUCGGUCGAAGACUGUAAUAUCAUCCAAACCGCUAAUAGUAGGGACAAAAGGUUGAAGGAACGAUCAAUGUUUCUUGGAUCACAGCAGGAAAACAUGCUUUUACAGGAUACUGUUAGUCUUUCGCCAAGAUCAUAUCGUAACUCACUGACGAGACCACAGAGGUUCGAUGGAUGUACGCCCCAUAAGGAAGCGAAACCCCAAUCCGGGCUGUUUUUUUAUUUAAAAAGUGAAUUGGAAGGAUCUCGAAGGGUUGGAAGAAAUCGGGAGCAAGAAAACCUAACUCUCAAGCGAAAACUCAAUAAGAAAAGGCAGGCGUGUUUUGAUUACCAAAAAAAGAGCGAAGAACUCGAAAAGGAGAACGACGAACUAAGAAAGGAGAAAAUCAAGGAUCAAAAGGAAAUCACGGAGCUCAUCAAAGAGCUUAUUGAACUGAGAAAGAAGAACAAAAAACUCGAACAGGUUCGGGAUGAAUGUAAGAAGUUGUACCUAAAGGGUGACAGGAAGAACGUAGAACUCGAGAAGUUAUACCUUAAAGAACAUCAAGAGGCACAGGAUAGCUACUUAGAGGGAGUUUGUUUUGGCUAUAGAGUCGCAUCGAGCGAACAUUCAAUGAUGUCGGGAGAUAGUUGA